GAUCCGGGUCGUGAGGCGGGAGCAGGAAGUCGGGACGUGGCCGCCCAGCUGAGCUGUAGGGGGUGAGGCAGGCGAUGGCGGCCGCGGCGGCGCUCAGCUCGGAGCGGCUGGAGGUUUCCAUUGACGGCCUGACCCUGAGCCCGGACUCGGAGGAGGCUAGGCCCGGCCAGGCGGAUGUUAGGCCGCUCCCGCUGGCUGGCAGCCGAGGGGGGACUUCUGCUCAGCCGGGGGGGCAGGUGAGGGACGAGGCCGGCGGAGACGGAGACGGCGACGGCGGCGGAGCGCUGAAUCUGGAGCGGCGCUGGGGCUUCGGCCUGGAGGAGUUGUACGGCCUGGCGCUGCGCUUCUUCAAAGAAAAAGAUGGCAAAGCCUUUCAUCCCACCUAUGAAGAAAAACUCAGACUGGUAGCCCUGCAUAAACAAAUACUGCUGGGACCUUACAAUCCAGAUACCUGCCCUGAAGUUGGAUUCUUUGAUGUACUUGGAAAUGACAGAAGGAAAGAAUGGGCUGCGCUUGGCAGUAUGGCAAAGCAAGAAGCUAUGACAGAGUUUGUAAAACUCCUGAGUAGAUGUUGUCAACUCUUUUCAACGUAUGUUACAUCCCAUAAAAUAGAGAAAGAAGAGCAGGAGAAGAAAAGGAGGGAAGAGGAGGAACGUAGGCAACGUGAAGAGGAAGAACGAGAGCGUUUACAAAAAGAGGAAGAAAAACGCAGGCAAGAAGAAGAAGAGAGACUCAGACGGGAAGAAGAGGAGAGACGGAGGAUAGAAGAAGAGAGAUUCCGAAUGGAACAGCAAAAGCAACAGAUAAUGGCAGCAUUGAACUCUCAGACUGCUGUCCAGUUCCAACAAUAUGCAGCCCAACAGUACCCAGGCAACUACGAGCAGCAACAAAUCCUAAUUCGCCAGCUCCAGGAGCAGCAUUAUCAACAGUAUAUGCAGCAACUUUAUCAGGUCCAACUUGCACAGCAGCAGGUAUACUACACCAUGGCAGCUUUACAGAAACAGCAAGAAGCAGCUGCUACAGCUUUAGUUACAUCAGUAUCAAAGUCAAAUUCAGCCACUGCAGGGGAAAUCUCAUCAGUCAAUGGACAGGCUAGCGCACAUCCAGGGUGCCCUGAAAAAGACCCGGAAAUAGAUGCUUUAGAAGAAGCACUCGAGAAUGGACCAAAAGAAUCAGUUCCAGUAAUAGCAGCACCCUCCAUGUGGACACGGCCCCAGAUUGCUGACUUCAAAGAGAAGAUUCGCCAGGAUGCAGAUUCUGUAAUCACAGUGGGCAGAGGAGAAGUAGUGACAGUUCGAGUUCCAACACAUGAAGAGGGCUGUUAUCUUUUCUGGGAGUUUGCUACAGACAAUUAUGACAUUGGUUUUGGGGUAUAUUUUGAAUGGACAGACUCUCCUAACACAGCUGUCAGUGUUCAUGUUAGUGAAUCCAGUGAAGAUGAGGAAGAAGAAGAAGAACAUGCUAGCGGUGAAGAGAAAGCCAAAAAGAAUGCGAACAAACCUCAGCUAGAUGAAAUAGUGCCUGUGUACAGAAGAGACUGUCAUGAAGAAGUGUAUGCUGGCAGCCAUCAGUACCCAGGGAGAGGAGUCUAUCUUCUUAAAUUUGACAACUCUUACUCACUAUGGAGGUCAAAAACAGUUUACUACAGAGUGUAUUAUACUAGAUAAAGCUCUUAUAUUGUUGGAGGUUGGGGUGGUGCGGAAGACAUCAUGUUAUUUGGAACUUACAUCGAGCAUACUGGACUAUUUGACUUCGUUAUCCUGUUUAAUGUAUCUGUGGUUGUGUGUGCGUAUGUGUGUGCUUGUUAAUUUUGAUACCGGGAAUGAGGCUUUUAUCUAUAAAUCAUUAUAAAUGAGAAAGGUUGGGGCUAGGAUCUCCCAUUUUUUCUGGUGAUGGUUCUUUGCCAGAAGUCAAGACAAAAAGUCAAUUGAAUUUAUCCAUUGACUUUAAAAAUGCUUUCAAUUCUAAGGCACGCAUGCACACACGCACACACAAACAAACACACACCGGGAGAUGUUUCAUUAGUGACAGUCAUGAUGUUGCCUGAUGUAUAAACUUUGAACUUUUAAAAACAAAAUCUGUUAGCUGUUCAUUUGAUGGUACCAGCCUUACUUGUGGGGAACAGGGGAGUUGGAUACCAUCUGCACUGUAGCAAGCAAGUUUCUUAAUACUGUAUUUGAAUGUCAGAUUUUUACACCAUUAAACUUGAAACCUUAGUGGAUGCAGUUUAGAAAAGUAUUUGCUGUCCUCAUUGAAAGAAAUAUGUGAAGCCUAGUAUAAUAUGAUUUUGGAUGAGAUAAAGAAGAGUGUGUGUGUGUGUGUGUGUGUGUGUGUGUGUGUGUGUGUGUGUGUGUGAUGUGCACGCAUGCAAGCAAGUGUCCUUGUCAAAAGGUGUGCACGCCCAUGAGUGUACAUAUACAUAAAUACAUACAUAUGCUUAUACCUAUAUACAUCAGGGUUAUUUUGUUUGAUCACAGGCUUACAAAGAAUUGAUUUUGGGCAUCAAGAAAAUAACAGAUAACUGUCUUUCCCCUGUAUCUGCUGCUAUUUCUAAGAUUGAUUUGUGUAUUAUUAUUAUUUUAAAACAAAGACAUAAGAUUUGGCUAAAACUCAAUUUAUCUCACCUAAAAUUAAUGAGAUCCACUUUUGCUUUUGAAAUUUGCAAUAAAACAGGUAUGUUAUGUAAGAGA